AUGGCGAUCGACAGUCGUCACGUGACUUUUCGACCCCUGAAAUACUGCAACACCGGCAAAAUAUCCGCGAUUAUGGUUUACUACUCUUGGAUUGCCGCUAUAUUUUUCUUUAUAUUUUCGUACCAAGAAAUUAUGCCAAAUAUUUGGGAAUGUUCGCUGGCUUUCGAAGUUCCUUAUGGCGAGAAGGCGUAUGUUACUUGGUAUAGUAUUACGGCAUUUCUCCUGCCUACUACUAUUCUCCUUUACACGUACGUAGGAAUAUGUAUAGGGAUAUGGAAGAGCAAUAAUAAAUCAGAAAUCAACGCGAAGAAAUAUGACGUGUCGGAGAACUUUUUUCAACAGAAACUAACCGUUUUCGCUUUUAAAGCUUCGAUGAACAACGCAAAGGUGUCCAUAUCGUUAAUUAGUUUUUAUUUGAUCACAAGAACUCCUUGUAUUGGUUGUUUGUUAUGGGUUUUAUGGAAUCCCAAAGCAUCUUUCUCUUCUUCUAACGAUGAGUCAACAGAUUCGAAGUGA